CGCUAGGCAACGGGUCAACUUUUGACAAGCGGAGUCACCUGGAAAACAAACGCACCUGCGGGAGGGAGGCGACUGAGACGUCCUCGUGUCUUCAGGAGUUCACAACAACAACAACAACAAGAGCCAUGUCCAAGUCUCAGGCGAAGAAGAAGGAGUCCUCCCCCAGCAAAGCGUCUCUAGCCGACCGGCAAGCGUCAUCCGGGUCCCUGGUCAACACCUCCUCAGAGAGCCUGGGGGGUGCGUGGAGGUGCAGGUUCCCCGUGUGGCCCGAGUGGAGCGAUGCGGAAGUCAACAAGGAGAAGUGGGACUCCAGUAAAGGAGCCGAGGAUGACAAAAAGAGCAGCAAGAGUUCCAAUGCUCCAUUUUUUGAAGAUCCCGAGGGAAAGAUUCCUCCAUCCCUGAAAGUGCACUGCUGGAAACGGCCCACAGAGUUUAUAGUGGACAAGACUCCCACCGUUGUUGAAAGUCAAAGGACGUUUGACCUCCUCUCCAACAACGAUCAUCUGAUUUGCAGUGAGCUGAUGAGGUGGAUCAUCAGUGAAAUCUGUAUCGUUUGGACGCUGUGUGGCAACAAAUUUAGAGAAGAGGAGCGUUGGAAACCUUGGGAGCACAUCUACUCGCUGUGUAAGGUGGUGAAAGGUCAUAUGCCACUCUACAACAGCUUUGGGAAAUACUUGGUCAAGCUCUACUGGAUGGGUAGUUGGAGGAAGAUAGCAGUUGAUGACUGCAUGCCAUUUGAUGAAGAAAACAACCUCCUCCUCCCCGCCUCCACCUGUCAGGCAGAGCUGUGGCCGAUGCUGUUGGCCAAGGCUCUCAUUAAAGUGGCCAACUCCAAUGUAGUGUCAGAGGGGGAGAUGGGCGAGUUCACCUUCAUCAACGCCCUCACCGGCUGGAUCCCCGAAAUCAGGCCUUUACAAUCUUUGUACCUUGGAAAAACCUGGGAUUUCUUACUGGAUACCAUUCCUGUAUUUUCACACCCGAUUGAGAGUUUGCCAGAAGACACGAAGUCUCAGACUUCAGAUUCAGUUUCAGGGAGAUGUUCCAGCAUGAACAGAACCAGGAGGCAGAUUUCAGAUCGAGAAAACGGUUGCCCUGAUGUUGUGUUGUGUGUCAGCCAAUAUGCUUUUCAGCCACAUAACGACCCCCUUAGGUUUGGACAAAUGGCUAAUUCCUCCGAGGUCCUGCGUCAGUACAAUCUCUCCUUGCUGUACAGCCACAUCGCCCUGUUGACCAGAACCCGUUCGUGCCAGCUGGAGGUGCCACCCCAGCCGCUACCGGUACCGCGAUGGAAACUCGUCCGCCCGCACAAGGAGUAUGUCAUCACAGCUGAACCGCGGAAGCCUCCUUUGCUAAAACCAGAGCAGUUCAUUGAGGUUGCCAGUCCUUUUCUCUCCCACGGCUUGAAGGGCAGCGUUGGCUCGAUCCCAGAAUCAGAGGGUGCUCAGAGGAUGCGUUCCCAUGGAUCCCCUCUGGUGUGCAUUGCUGAGAGAGAGGAGACUGACUUCCGAGACGGCCUUGAGCCUGAUGUAGCUGAACACACCCCUAACCCACCAAGCAACUAUGACAACAUAACGGUUAUUGCAGAGGACAGGGAGAAGGACGACGAUGACAUUUCUACUGAGGAACCCAUAACUGGAACAGAGGAGCCUGUAACUGAAGAAGUCUUAGUUCCUGUCCUCCCCCUCUUACAGAAGAUCUGGAUGGACCUUGAUGACUUUGCGGAAUGCUUUCAGAAUCUGUUUGUGUUCCAUAAACCUCACCUGUACUCUCGUCACGUCCACAAAUGUCAUUUUAAGAGCAACGUCGUGCCCAAAAGUGCAACCGGUAGCAACUGCUCGGUGUCGUCGUCACAGUCUCUCACCACCGGAUGCCCCUCUGUGACAUUGGAUUUUGCAAACCCAGAAUGUCCAGAGGUGAGAGGCACUCACUACCUGUGUGUGGACAGCAUGCAACCUUCCCAGAUCCUCAUAAGCUUCUCAGUUCUGCUUCUCUGGGGACUUACAGCUGAGGAGAAAAAGGAAAUAUCAGCAACGUGUAGAUCUGGAGUUCUCAUCGCCCAGCCACACUCCUGGAAGAGUGCACAGUCUCAGCUGCCUGUUCUCACCAUCAAAACCACCUCGUCCAAGGCAGCCGUGCUUGACUUACCUCCAGGGCGUCAUGUGUUGUCCUUCCACACUAAGGCAGCACUGGGCUACCAUGUCCACCUGUGCGGCAAUACGCCGUUCAUCUUUGGGGAUGAAGAAACCGUGAUGUCACAUCUUACCAAGGAAAGUGCUCGUUUCACCGAUCUGGAUACGUCCCUCUUGCGAGCCCUGGCCAGAGUGGUGACGUCCUUCGGUAAUAGGCACAAGCGGUCGGAUCCAGGAAGAGCCCUACAGGAGACUCAUCAGCCGCUAAACAUCAACACCCCCCUGGCAAAAUGGGAGCACCAAAAGGUGUUUAACUCUGCAGUUUACCACAUGCUGUGUGAGGCUCUGGGCAGGAAGCUGGUUGCAGAGGAGCGGUUUGCUGUCAUGGCCCUCACCGCUGACCCUUACCUCUUUAACCAUGGCUGCAUAGAGGACUCCCCUGAAUUAGAUGCAGAGUCAAAGCCUCCAGAAAACUGGAGAGACAGGCAGCCCUCGAUCCAGGAGGUCAAAGCAGCCACUGUUCUGCAAGCCCGAUUCAGAGGACACUUGGUGCGAGAAAUCCUCAAAGCCACAAAGCCUGGCACGAAGGAGAACCUCAGUGCUGCAAAGAUCCUUUCAGGCAUGUGGACGAAGGUUAAGACACAUGCAGAAGAAAAUGCGGUAUUUCUGCUACGGGAUAUAAUUGACCACCACUGUAAAGGGAACGCAAUGCUCUACCCGUGUCAGGAGGAUGAGUGGACCAAAAUCUCCUUUGAUGAUUAUAUUGUGUCUCUUCAAGACACGGCCAACUCCUGGAUCCUGGUUUUCAGAGAGGUUUUCCUAAUUCCUAAGGAGAUGCUGCUGGUAACGAAGAUUUACUCCCCGAUCCCUAAUUGUCUGCUGCACGUCAUAGAUAAUGACACAGGAGAGGAGCUGGACAACAAACUAGCAACUCGUGUCUAUCAACCCAACAAGCUUGGCUACACCUUUGUAGCAGAGGCUGUCAUACCUGAAUCGCCCCCUGUUGGUGCCAAUUGGAAGUUGCGCCUGAUUAGCUCAAGGGAACCUCUCCCAAAACUGGCCCGGGAGGCUCCACUCAACAAUUUCUCAGUGAAGGAAAUCCGGGAUUAUUACAUUCCCAAUGAUGACAACCGCAUAUGUCGUUACCUUGUGCAGGUGACAGAAGACGUCCAGGGAACAGUUCAGAUUCAGACUUCCUCGCCAGACGUAUUUAUACAUCUGGCGAUUCUGGACCAGGAGAAGGAGGUGGCCAGCAAAACAGGGAAAGGCCACGUGGUCAUUCCUGUCGUCUGGUUCCUGGUCGACAAAGAUGAGAUGGACCAGCAGAGCCCCACCCAGGACGAGGGGGUCAAAGUGGUAGACACUCCCCCACAAAAAGCUGAGAAACCGGACUCCUCGUCUGACCAGCCUCCCACAGAGACUAUGGGUCGCACGUAUGUGGUGCAGGCAUAUGUGCUUCAUAAGAGCUGGGAUUUGGAUGAAGCUCAGUUGGAUUUUGUCCAUCAGCUCAGAGACUUGCAGAAGAUUGAGAUGAGAGCAUACAAGCCAGAGGACUCGAAGCGUUCAUCCAGCACGCCCAAAGGCAAAGGCGGAGGGGACAAGGAGAAGGGGAAGCCAGGUGCCACGUCCAAAUCUGGCUCCAAGCCGGAAACGAGCCUUGACCUGACUAAGCCGCACUGGACGCUGCGUGUGGUCAGCGACGAGAGUCAAGCAGAGAGCGUGGAGGUGAAGAAGGACACAGCGAGAGUGGACCAGAUUCAAUCCAUUAAAAGAGCCUGGGAGAUGGUGGAGCCCGGCCGCUCUGCCAAGGCUCUACAGUCUCGUCUCCAAUUUCUAAACCCAGACCAACGUCAAGAAGAAGAAGUAGACGGCGAAGAGCUCGGUACUGAACUCACAACUGCUCCCACAUCUGGUCCUGACACCUCUCCAGCCAAUCAGAAGCACGCUACUACCUCCUUCACCUUUACCCAAAUGGACUACACGCCCUUUAUCAGACGCCACAAAGAGUUUCCCGUGCUGAUGGACACACAGAUGGAGAAGAUGGAGGAGAAGGAGCGCUUAGAAAAGAUCCAGAGCUACCGCUUGGUUCGAGACAACGUGCUGGAGAAACAAGAAGAGCAGGAGCUCAACAGGAAGGAGCUCAUGAGCAGCCAGCUGGAGAUAUAUGACGACAUGCAGGCGGUCUUGUGGCAGCGCCGUAAGAAAUUUCUCAACGCUUGCAAGGCCUUUAGUAGCCGUCUGAUGGCGGCCGUGAAAAAGGAACGAGAGGAGAAACAAGCACUGGAGGAGGCCCAGCACGCAGUCCAGGAAAAAACAAACCCCGCCUCCGCUGGCUCCAAGCAUUCGAGCAAAAGUGCCAAGAAAGCUGGCAAGAAGAAAUGAUGGUCAUUGGCAUCGGCUUCCUGUCUCAGUUCUCCUCUCAACAAGUCUGUUUGAACACUGAAAGAUCUUCGUUUAAUCACAGCUUCGAGGCUUUCGCGUGAUGAAAAGAUUGUUGCUGCUCCUAAUUCAAAGCUACGAUCGCUAGUAUCUCCUUCUUAUGUUUACUCACUCUAUGGAUAUGAACAUGUAAUUGAAAUUCUGUCACUUGUGGAUGUGAUAUUGCAUGAGCAGAGGUGUGUGUGUGGAGGAUCGACCAGAUUGUUUAUCUAAAAGGGCAACUUUAGGUUUACAGUCUGUUGCUCAGAGAUUUGAACUUGAUGGCCUGUUUGGUUGGGAUCUCGUCCACAGAGACGUGGAGGCAGGAUGUCUCCCACCCUGAUAAGACAUCGGGAGAGUGAUACCUUUACAUACCCAAUGGGAGGGGGGCUGUGGGAUGUAAGAACACAGCUCUCACCUCUGUUCUUUGCUCAUUUGUACAUGUCAUUCACGUGAUUGUACUGUGAGUCCAUCUGCAGACGCUGAAUUAAAUUUACAGAAA